AUGCAUCAUCAUAACGAACACCGAGAUGAGAAGGCGCCGGCAGUGAACACGCUUCCGGCGCACGACCAACCUGUCCCGGCACGAAUCAACCGAAAGCCCGUCCCCGUAGACUAUGCCAACAACAGCGAACCAUGGCCUUACUCUCCCGUCUCUCCCAUUGAUCCUGCCGCCGAAGCCGCCGGUCUUACAGCAUUCCCGACGAGAAGCAGCGGCGAGAGCGCUCGAAGCUUUAGCGUUGAUCCAGCGAGAGCAAACGCGGUGUUCGAUCAAGAGUAUGCUCCUCACGGCGAAGUCCCUGGGCAUGAUCACCAUGGGAUCGGAGCUGCCACAGCAGGACUUGUUGCCAGCGCAGCUCUGGGCCAUCGUGAUAAUCACGACCACCAUCGUUCCCGAAGUCGGAGCAGCAGUAGCAAGCAACGCAGUCGACAGCCGAUAGCCAUACCUAGCGAAGGGUUUGACACCGGCAGGAGGACAUCCAGGGAGUAUAGAAACGGUCACGCCUAUAGGGAUGUUGACCACCAGGACUCAUAUGACGCCGGCGUUGCAGGGGAACAAGACUUGUAUGGGGUUUCUGCAACGCCGCCUCCUCGCUCUCGACGCAACAGUGCGGUUGGGUCUGGUCUCCCUGGUGCUGCCGCCUUCAACUACGCCAACCGCCCUGCCGUUCCGUCCCCGCUGUCCAGCGAAGUCCGUCGCGACCCGAGCCACUCGCCUCCACGAAGCCGGUCUCGAAGUCUCAGCAGAGAUGCGGCACGAUUCUCAUUCUCCUACGAUCCGGUCGCCGAUGACUACGGGGCGUACCCCCCAUUCCCGAUCUCAUCCAGCACCUCCAAGGCAGGACGAGACGAAGCCUUCCCCGGCCAGAAUGCCGGCAACCUCACUCAUCCCGACAGAGUGUACAUCAACGACAAGAGCUAUCCUCCGCUCGACAUUCCAGGCGGUAAAAGCACCAACGAGUAUGACCUGGCAGCCACAUCCGGACCGUUGGGGCACCAGCCGCAGACCGCAUCGCUGCUCCCCGUUUCCGAAGACGCCGAUGCCACGAUGGAAAGCGACGACUCACCGUGGCGGAUGAGCGACGGCAUGCCGGCAGGGUGGCAGCGUGCCAGCACCGGCAGCCCCCGCAACAGCAGGGAGUACAUGAGCAAUCGCGAUUCAGGCGUGGGCAUGGGAGUCGGGAGGGGCCGCAGACUGCGGGCGAGUGACAUUGUGGGCUCUUCGACCGCAAGGCCGGGGAUGGAUUACGAUGCGUAUGGAUACGGGUAUGGACAGGCGCUUUGA